AUGCUUGCGGCCAUCUGGGCAGGAUCCCUCAUGCAGACUGUCCUAUUUGCCAGCAGCCUGUAUCACAAGGCUCUCGCAAGGCGUGUACGAGUAACAAUCCUUUACGCCACGGAGACUGGUCGCUCUCAGCUCUACGCCCACAACCUUUCACAGGCACUUAAGCGAUACUUUAAUCCAGAGGUGAUAAACAUGAAAGACUUUCCUGUGACAAAAACUUCCCUUGAAAGCCUCAAGGUGAUGCUGCUGCUGGCGUCUACCACCGGGGAAGGAGAUCCCCCUCUUGAUGGCGAGAACUUUAUUAGAAAGUUGUACGAGCAGAAGCAAGCAGCUCUCAACAAGAACCUCAUCAUGAACAAUGAUGAUGCCACGCAGCCAAACUUUAACGUGGACAUCAAGUCUGACUUCAAUGAGGUCUACGGACAAUACAAAAUCAACAGCACAAAGUCAGCCAGUGUCCUUGACGAGAAGACUGAAAAGAACGAAGGAAGUGAAUGCAAAGAAGGUAAAAAAAGGAGCCGCGGAGGACUGAUGAGGAUGCUCCAGGCAGUGAUGUGGGGCCAAAAGACUGCUGACUCCACCCUUUGGAGAGUAGAGCUGACUCAGACUCGCCAGUCCAUCCUACUGAAGGGCUUCGGUAAGAAACUGUUUGCUGUCUUUGCCCUGGGCUCCACCAAGUACAAACACUACUGCCUCUUUGGAAAAUAUCUGUUCAAUUUACUGGAAGAGUGUGGAGGGCGCUCUCUUACACCUCUCACUUGUGGAGAUGAACUAAACCACCAGGAACAAACCUUUAACUGUUGGGUUGACAAUAUUGUGAAGGUACUUGGGAAGGAAAUGCAGGAAGACGUUGACCAAAAAAGCAUCAUGAUUAAUGUCGAGGAACUGAAGGCUAAUCGUGUGAGGAUGGUACCUUCCUCCUUUACGCUAAGCUCUCUACAGAAGAGUCUCUCACAAGUUCACAUGAAAGAAGUGCUUAGCUGUCAAGUACUGGAAUCUACAAUGCUUUUUGAUCACGGAGACAGAUGGACACAGCUGCUUGUUCUUAAGGUUGGGGAAGAGACCGAAGAAACACUGUAUUCACCUGGGGAUCAUGUGGGCGUCUUCCCCCACAAUUCUUCUACGCUAGUGUCUUCGCUUCUCAACAAGUUAUCAUCUCCAUACCUGACAGAGCCUGUAAAGUUGGAAGUGAGACUAGGGAAAGACACGCACUGGGAGACAGAUUCUCGCCUGCCUCCAGCCACGCUGCGUGAACUUUUAACGCAUUACCUAGACUUGACCACACCUCCAUCCCCUGCUUUUCUACUGAUGCUGGCAGCUCAUACCACUCACCCGCCUCAUAUGCGUCGCCUCACCAUUCUUGCUAAGGACAAUAAGAAAUACCAGGAGUGGAGGGCCUGGAGAUGGCCCAACAUACUGGAGGUACUGGAAGAAUUCUCAAGCGUAAAGGUGGACGCAGGACUGUUAGUGGCUGCUUUACCUCUCCUGCAGCCACGUUACUAUUCCAUCAGCUCAUGUCCUGACUUCCACCGAGGCGAACUACACCUCACACUGUCCGGAGUUCAAUGGCGCUGGGCCAAUUCACCGUGGCGUAACAUCAGGAAGCUCGACAAACCUAGGGAAGUCAAGUGGCGUAAAUCAGCGUCUAUAAUAUAUGGUAUCCCAUCGCUGCCACCAUCUGUCCAAGUGCACCCACUUUCCACCUCCCUCAAGACUUGUCCCUUCCUAUCAUUAUGGUUGGCGCAGGCAGCGGCGUGGCUCCACUUAGAGGAUUCUGGCAACGCUAUCACUACUUGA